AUGCGACCUAAAACUGCUCAUAGCCUCAAUUUAGCAGUAUCUAAAGCUAGUAAUAUUCAGCCUAUUAGAAAUUACUUGGACAUUAUAGAAAAAAUGUAUAGCUUUUUUAACUCUCCUAAACGCCAAAAUGUGCUUUUAAAUAAAAUUAAAGAAAGUGAUCUAGACCCAAAUGUAAAAAGCUUAAAGCGUUUAUGCGCAACAAGAUGGGUUCAGAGAUAUGAAGCUGUAAAUGAUUUUAUAGAACUUUUUAACUUUGUAGUGAUAUCCUUAGAAGACAUUUCUAGUUGGAAAGAUACUGCUGCAAUUGAUGCUUCUAUUUUAAUUAGAGCGCUUGAUUCUGAAUUUUUGGUAUCACUUCAAAUUGUAAAUGUAUUAUUUUCUUAUGGUUUACCAUUAUGUAAAUUACUACAAAGUAAAGGCAUUGAUUUAAAGGAAGCUAUAGAUCUUGCAGGUGAUAAUGUUACCGUACUUAAAAACUUAAGAACUAAUAUUAGUACAGAAUUUAAUAAAAUGUUCAAAAAAGCACAGGAAAUGGCUGAAUUCUUGGAUUUUCAUAUUAAAAUUAAACGGAUUAAUAAGAGACAGAUAUACAGAGAUAAUCCAAAUAUAACAGAUGAUGGUUCUACACCCGAUCCUGAGCAAUAUUUCCGAGUAUCUAUAUGUCUCCCUUAUAUUGACUUCUUUAUAAACCAAUUGGAGGAUAGGUUUUUGGCACAUCGUAGAAUUUUUGGAGGUUUUCAAUGUUUAUUUUCGAAUGAUUAUGAUUCUGAGGGUUUUGAUGAUUUAGUACAUCUUUACCUUCCUACUGAUAUUCAAACUGUAAAAGCAGAAUUGAGUUUAUGGCAUACAAAACUUUUACGCUUAGGAAAAUCUCCAAAAACAGGACUUGAUGCUAUCAAGUUAUGUAAUAAUGAAUUAUUUCCUAAUUUGUUUGUUUUAUUACAAAUAUUUUGCACACUUCCGGUGUCAACGGCCACACCAGAAAGAAUGUUUUCAUGCCUCAAAAAAUUCAAAAAAUCAAAGUUUACUGACACAACCAUCUAG